UCGAUAGUGCCAUCGAUAAGGGGACAGCACUAGUUCGGCGUGUAAAUCUAAAUGUAAAUAUCGCCGUCUGCACGAAACCGUGGAAUAAUAUAAAAUUAUUAUAGCUAGUCGCACAAUAUAAGAAAUACUUAAAAUAUUGUUAAUUCGUAUAUCGUGGUGGAGAUAAAAAUCGCGUAUGAUUUGCUGACAAAUACAAAAGGCAGCAGCAGCGAACGGCAGCAACAAGCGGACGGACAGUGGUCGCAAAACAACAGUGCGACAAACGUGAAUGCAAGGCAAAUGCAAACAAUUGAAUAAGCGCUGCUGCCUGCUGCUGGUAGCCAGUCGAUUCUACUAAUUCUACUGAAUGUUGGCGCCGUCUCCGUCCUUCGCGUUGACUAAACACAAUUUAAAGUUAGUGAAAUUUGCACGCGGCUACAGUUUUUGAUUAUUAUUGCAAGCAGCUGCUGACGGUCGCCCCAGAGACUGUCGACAGUCGACCGACAGACGGUCUUGCCGACGUGGGGCUGGGGGCUUUGCAUUUACUUUGAUCGUGAUCGAGUGUGAACGCGCUGUGUGCGAGAGUGUGUGCGUGUGCGCGUUUGUGUGUGUGUGUGUGUGCAGCUGUGUGCGUGCAGAGACCACCGCAAUGACCAUGAAGCAACGCGUUGCUCUCAAUUCUGUGGAUGUUUACAAUAAAUUCCUAAAAAUGUUUCAAUUGUACAUUUGCAAUUCGAAAUAAAGCGAAAGCUAUACAUACAUAUAUAAAGUCAGCAGCAUGACAACAACAACAAUAAUAGCAAUAACAACAACAACAAUAAUAUAUACAUAACAAAAGUUUCAACAAUAACAAUAACUAGUACAACUGCAGUCUCAAUAUAAAACAAAACAAAAAAAAACGAUAUCAAGUUGUUCUAAUUUGCUGUGAAAAGCUCACACAAUACUAGUACCAGCAAAGGAACAGCUGAAAAUAUGAAAAUACUUAACGAGCACGCAGUCUCGCAUUAAUUCAAUAUUCCAUUGGUGCUCUUAAGCUUUUAAAGCUAAAUUUAAACGAAGAAUAAAGAAAUCAUCGAAGCAAGCCAAUCAAAAGAAAGCCUCACUACGCCAAGUGCCUCUCUUUCGCUCUCGUUCUCGUUCUCAAUGUCUCAGCUAAUGGUUUUUUUUUGUGAAUCUAAGCCGCUCUUUGACGUCAUCGUUGUCGUCGUUGUUUUUGUUGUUGGCAGCAGCGGCGUCUCUGCCUUAAAUCUUACCCCCUGCUCCAGAAUUUAAUCGCUUCGCGCGCAUCUUCUUAAAUGCGUUUCGUGUUGAGCUUUUUUUUCGAUUCGUGCGCUCUCGUUUCACUGUCCCGAAGACGCGUGAUUUUCAUAUUUUGAAUACACAAAUACAUACGUAUGCCAGCUUGCAUGUGUGUAUGUGUGUGUAACAGCAGCAUUUCAUUUGGUCUGGAUCUGGAUUAUUCAACUGCACAGAGCUGAAUAUUAUGGAAAAAGCGAAAGCGUACAUUAAAAAUGAACUUCGUGGUGGCAGCAUGUCCCUGCAAUCCGAGCCAGCUUCGACCCCGCCACCCGUGCCACAGGGCCAUGGUCAGCAUAUGGUGGCUGCCGCAGAGCUGAUGCCAUCGCCAUUGGGUGGAUACCAUGCUCAUCAAUAUUACCCGGCGCCGGUAAAAUCCGCUGGACGUGCUUCGGCUCCACCGGACCACAUGGCUGCAUCCGUUUCUGUUUGCUUCGUCUGCGGUGGCUAUGGCAGCUACGAGGCAUUGCGCGUGCGAGCCAAUCCGGAUCGACCCAGCGAACCGCACUUUCCGUUCCUGGAACGGCACGAACCGCCGCUGGGGGUGCCUUCGGUGGCAGCCAGCCAGGUGCAUGUGAUGGCCUGCAUGCUGUGCUUUCGCUCCCUGCACGAACAGUGGGAUGUGUAUGAGCGGCAGAAGAAGCCGCUGCUGCAGCGCAUCUACCACAUGAAGCGAGUCGAUGGCAAGGGAUACAUUGGCGCUGAUGUGGCCACCCAGAGCGAGUAUGCUGCUCAGAUGCUGGGGCUGAGCGCGGAACAUCUUAGCCAGAAUGGACUCGCCGAGCUGCACAAUGCCGCCGCUGCACCGCCAAUGGAUCCGUAUGCUCUGAGUAGACACUAUGCUCCCGGGAUGCCAGCAUCCGCGUCGCCUCUGCUGCCACAUCAGCCACAGCAUCAGUCACAGCACAGUACCUCAAGGAACGCCUCGCCCGACUACUAUCCCCGCAAUGCGACGCCCAACAGCCACAGUCAGUCACAGGGUCAUGGCAACCACAAAUACCUGAGUCGUCCGCAGUCGCGGGACAUGCAGCUGCCGUCACCAUUGUCGCGUCCUCCAAGCGAACCUCCUGCUCGCAUGGCACCCAAUUCCAGCUCCAGCUCCAGCUUUGCCCAGCACAAGUUCAAGCUCGGACCGCACAGCUAUCAGGCAGCAACAUCCCAUAGCCAGUCGCAGUCGCAGUCCCAAUCCCAGUCCUCGGCUCAGUAUCAGCCCGCCCAGUACCAGCAGCUGCAGCAGCAGACGGCCGCCUAUCACAUGCUCCAGCAGGUGGCAGCUGGUUCCUCAAGUGAUCCUCAGGCUCACUACAAGGGUAAUCCUUACAGUGCACUGCCAAAUGCUGGUGCUGUCAUGUCGUUGAGCACGCAACCACCGAGCCUAGAAGAUGACAACGCAACGGUUCUUGAUCUGCGCAAUUCGUCUAAUGUUAAUUCAACUCCCCUUGAGACUCCGACGCCUUUGGCCACGCCCACGUCUCGGAGUCAGCCAGGCAGCUCCUCCUCUUCGACGGAGGUCGGUAUUCUGGAUCUAUCCAUGCCGGACAAGAACUCCAUCACCGAGGUCUGUUACGUGUGCGGCGAUGAGCAGCGUCGCGGCAGCCUCGUCGAGCUGAGCACAGUGAAACCGAAGGAGUCACGUCUGGGACAGGCGGUCGCGUACUUUCCGCUCUUCAACGAGCAGCAUCCGCGUCCAGCGCGCUCUCGACCAAAGGAUCCGCGCGGCAUGAUCCAGGCUUGCAUGCCAUGUCAUGAGGAUCUCAUGCAACAGUGGCACGCUCAUCAGGCUGCUCAUACGCCGGAAUCGCAACGCUCUUAUAUGUUAAGAAAACGCACUGCACCGGUGACGGAGCGUACGACCUUCGUGUGCUACACAUGUGGCACGAACACACCCUCGUCCCAACUGAGACUUGUUUACUGCUGCCCCAAUGCCGAACGGGAACCUUACUAUCCCUACAUCAAAGCGAUGAAAGCUUACAAGAACGCUAGUCCCAUUAGUCCACAAGGCAUGGUGCAGAUCUGCGCCGGUUGCAGCGAGAAGCAUGCCAACUUAGCGGAGGGUGGUCAGCCACCCACUGCAACUGCCAUGGGUGCAAGUGCACCCAUAUCGGAGUCUGGUGGCACACACUCCUUGGAGUCCAGUGCGGCCAUUUAUGGCACAAGUGGCGCCAUAAACAUGGGCGCCAAUCAAAUGACAACGACGGCAUUCGUCGGCCACAAUUCGCCAUCGGAAAAGUCACUCGCCAAUUCGGAUUCCACAAGCAAUGUGCGCUUCAAGCCAUACGAGACAAAUUCAAACAACUCCAACUCAAACACGCCGCGGGACUUGAAGCAGAUUCGUCGCAGCGAUUCCAGGCCCAGUUCGCCGAGCUCAACCCAGGGACCAAACGAAAAUGGCCAUGCACAAUAUCCCUGCUCCAUUUGCAAAGUGCUCUGUUCAUCCAAUAAAAUGGAUUGGCUGUCCACAAGUGCCGAGCACAUGAACUCCCAUGCCAUGCACUUUCCCUGCCUCAAGGCCAAUGCCACAAGCAGCAGCAACAGCAAUAGUAACGGGCUCAGUAAUAAUAAUAAUAACAACAUCAACAACAACAACAACAAUAAUAACAACGAACUGAACAACAAUCGAGUUUUGGCCUGCAAGGAUUGCAUUAACUACUUAACCAGCCAGUGGGAGUCAAUGGAUGCGGAACGUGUACCGCUGGAGCAUAGAAGAUACAACAUUCCCUCGCCCAUGAUGACGUCCAGUUCACCGAAUGGAUCUCGCCAUGGCGCCAUGAGUACCUGCACACCACCCUCCACGCCCUCAGUCACCUCAUCGACACCAGCCAGCACUUCAAUCUAUUGCUUUCUCUGUGGCUUGCACUCGGAUCUAACACUGGCCAGAAUCCUGUACGGCAGCAAAGAGGGAUCUCGGCCUUACUUUCCCCUAUUGCUGAAGCACAAUUCAUUGCCAAAUGCUGAGCAGCUGCGGAACAACUCGGCUCUAGUCUGCACCUUUUGUUAUCAUUCCAUGUUGAAUCAGUGGCGAAAAUAUGAGGCGCAGAGUCCAAGUGUUGGUCCGGCGGACAGGAAAUACAAUUGGCACGAUUACAACUGUCAUCUGUGCGGCAUUACGACUUAUAGGAAACGGGUGCGAGCGCUACCUGUGAAUGAGUUUCCAUUUGUGAAGCACCAGAAGAGUGACGAUGGACUUUUGCUGGAGAAUGGCGAGUAUGCCGUGGUGUGUCUGGAUUGCUAUGAGAGCCUAAGCUUUGACCAUUGCAGGCAACAGGCGUCACAGCAUGAUCGCUUCGGGGUGCCCAUCUCUAGGCGGGCCUACAAUUGGGUGCCCCAGCCACCGCCCCCCGAGGACAGUCCCGAUGCCGCAGUGGCGCGUCUGCCCUGCGGCGAACGUUCUGAUCGCGUUCUGAUGAGCAACGCAUUGAGGCCCAUUCCAAGCAAGAAGACAACGUCGCCAAAGCACUACGACAAAUCGAAAGAAGUGCCACCCAAAGCUGGACAGAAGCGACCGGCAACGAGUCCAGCUCCGCAUAUACCUGUGCCGCAUCACCUGCAGACGCCGCCGAACUCUGGCAGUGUUCAAGGCGCCUCCGUUGCGAAUAGCCCGGCACCUCCAAGUUCGGGUAAUGCGCUCCUGAACCACGCCCUGCCGAACAACCACAUUGGCGCCCCGUCACCGCAGCAGCAGCAACAACAGCAGCAGCAACAACAGCAGCAGCAACAACAACAACAGCAUCAGGCCCAUCAGCAGGCAGUUGCCGCGGCUGUGCAACAACAGUUAGCAGGCGUGGGCGUGGGAGUGGGAGUGGGCGUGCCACCUGGCGCUAUCAAUGCUGCCUCGGCGGCUAGUGCACGCGGUUCGUUUGCGGCCGCUCUUCGCACGCUGGCCAAGCAAGCGGACAUCAAGGAGGAGGACGACGCGUCCUCAGUGGCCAGAGAUCGCAACGUGCCGACAUCAGGUGCUGGGCCAGCUGGUAAUGCCGGACCCGGAUCCGUGCCUGUGCCGCUCAACUCUGUGGCCGGACGUGGCGUCGUGUCGUCUGGUGGGAUCACCGCCGAAGAUCGUGCCGCUGCCGCCAACAAGAAACGCUCGCCGCCUUCACCACAGCCCCCGGAGAAGAUGGCCCGCCUUAGUCAUACACCACAGACGGCGGCACUGCAGCCGGAGUUGCUUGCACGGAGCGGCUUUCAGCCCUACAGAUCCGAUGAGCGGCUCAUGCAUCCGGCGGGUGCCUUCCCCUUGGAGGCGUAUUCCCACUUUGCCGGACUGCCCGGCCUUCCUCCAACAGCAUUUCUGAACCCGGCGGCGGGAAUGCCGUACUCGGAUCCGUUGUACUUGGAGCAUCGCUAUCAGCUGUUCCGGGCGGCCGGUGGACACCAUUCGCAUCCGCACGCGGCAGCUCUGUAUCCGCAGAUGGCAUCGCCCUAUUCGCAUCUGUACUCGAUGAUGCCGGGUGCGGCAUUGGGCAUCUCGCCGGCAAUGCACGAUCGGAUCAAGCUGGAGGAGGAGCACAGGGCACGGCUGGCACGUGAGGAGGAGCGCGAGCGGGAGAUGCAGCGCGAGAAGGAGCGUGAGCUGCAAGAGCGGCGAGAGAAGGAGCAGCGAGAAAGGGAGCGCGAGCAGCGAGAACGGGAGCGAGAGCGCGAGCAGCGGGAGAAGGAGCAACGCGAGAAGGAGCAGAAGGAGAAGGAGGCACGCGAGCGGAAGAUGCGCGAAGAGGAGCGUCAGGAGGCAGCCAGAGAGCGGGAGCGUCAACAGCUGCUGAAUGCGACGCAUCAUUACUCCAAUCAGCUGUACGCACCGUUGAACCGCAACCUGCUCGGCUCCAUGAUGCCACACAUCAAUCUGGGCCUACGUGGUCCACCUGCCGGUCUCCAUGGACUCGCCGGGAUGUCGCAUUACCACGCCGCAGCGGCGAAUGCGCAGCGCCAGAGUCCAAUGGGUCUGAACCUGGGCAUGCCCGGAAUGCCGACACUGCCAGGACAUGGUCCCAGCAAUCUGCAGCAUCAUCUGCAGCAGGCGGCGAUGGGGUUGGCCGCUCAUCCCGGUGCCGCAGGACUGACCCAUCCGGGAUUCUCGGCUGUCGCGGCACUGGGACUAGGUACGCAUCCGCACAGCCUCAAUCUGAGCCAUGCACACCUCUCGCCGCACCAUGCCGUGCAUCAGCUGCCACCGCACAGCGUGGCGAGCUCCUCGGCCGGUCCCAGUCCUGGCGUGGUCAGCAGCACGGCAGCCACAUCCUCGUCGCCGCACAGCAGCCUUAAUCUGACGGUAGCCACUAGCAGCAUGGCGCAGACAACGUCCACGCCCACGGUCAGCUCGCACAUUCCGACCAUGAGCCACUACUACCACCACAACCUGGCGGCCAUGCACGCAGCAGCGGCUGUCGCCAGCGGCCUCAAUCCCGUCGCUGCCCAUCAGCAGCCCAUGAGUGCGCAGUCUGCGCAUUCAACCUCGCCGAAGAUAACGCCUCCACUCAGUUCGGCGCCACUGAACGGAGGUGGCGGAUCCCGUGCAGCGAGCAGUCCCCAUGCCAUGCGUCACCACAUUGCGGCUGCCGUCGCAGCUGCCGCUCAGCAGCAGUCGGCGAUGCUGGAGAAGAGCGGAGGCGCAACAACGACGCCAAUUACCCAUGAGCCGACUACCCUCGAUCUGACUGGAUCCAACUCGAACUCGAGCAACCAGGCUCAGUCCAUUGUGAGCAACAGCACAGCGGCUGCCCAUGAGCUGAAUGGCAUCGAGUCCAAUGGACCCACAGAUGUCAAGGAGGCGCCACCGCAGCAGGCGGCCGUCAAGGAAGAUGCACUGCAUCGGGGGACGCCGCCUGUGACCCUCGAUAAGAAGCCGGCAACGCCAAAUGCAGUUGGCAGCCAGGAGAAGACUCUGCUGCCGGCGGACAGCUCGCCGGAGAACUCGUCACACACUCGCCGGAGCACAAGUCCCCCCAAUUCGGACAACAACAACAGCAGCAGCAACAACAACACCAACAUCAACAAUUCAAAUAGCGCAGCCACCGUUGGAGCUGCAUCCGGAGUCGCAGUCGGAGUCGGAGCAGGUGCCACAGCAGGUAAUAGCACUGUGGGAGGAGCAGAGCUCUGUCCAAAGAUUCUAGCAUGCACAUCGCCUGACAGCAAGGGAGAGAUUGGGAGUAAAUCAUCAGAUCAACCGGAGCAGUCACAGUUGCAGCGAGUGAAGCUAUCGCCGGAUACGGCAUGCAACGUCUCUGGUGGCAGUGCCGUCACAUCCACCACAAGUGGCAGCAACUCUCCUCCUGUGGUCAGUAGCAGCACCAACAACAACAACAACACUAGCAACAACAACAAUGGCAGCUCGACAAUUGCAGCGACUCCUGUGACUGCUCCGUCCAUCGAUGAGGUGACCACGAGUGCCACGCCCAUUGCCGAGACAUCGAGAUGAUCCCACUUGACACUUGACAGAUGACAGAUGACAGGCACUCGAUCAACGGAUCGUAGUUAGUAAUGCGGUUAAUCAUAAUCGUUAUCGUAAUCGGAACUAGUUAACAUCUACCUUCAACUUAGCCGUUAAUCCAAAUGCCUAUUUAUAAAUGAUUAAUUUUUAAUUAUUAAAUAUUAGUUAUUAAUUAUAUAAAUCAUUAACGAGUAUACAAUAAUUUGUAAUGUAUUGCAUCAUCCUCAUCGUCUAGUUAGACACAAAUGCAUAAUAUUAUUAUUAUUACUCUAUUACUAUUAUUAUUAUUAUUAUUACUAUUAUUAUUUCUCCCCUUAUUUAAUUGUGAAGAGUUUACUCUAGCGUUGCCUAAAUAAAUCAUUUUGUUUACAA